AUGUCCUGCGAGAAAACUGUGUGUGCCCAGCCAUGCUCUGUCCCGUGCGACACGAAAUGCCCCGAGCCCCGCGCCGCUGCCUGCAACGAGCCAUGCGUCAUCGCCUGCCCAGACUCCCGCGUGAUUAUAUUCCCACCUCCCGUGGUCGUGACCUUCCCGGGACCCAUCCUCACCACCUACCCGCAGGAAACUAUCGUGGGCUCCACGGAGUCAGCCGAGCUGGCUGGCACGUUAGAGUCCGGCGUGGCAAUCGCUUCAGGGCAGAAGGGCGCUGAGUGCGUGGAGCCCUGCGUCACGCAGUUUGCCACGAAGUGCGAGCCCCAGUGCGCUCCUCCAUGUCCUCCUCCUUGUCCUCCUCCGUGUCCUCCUCCAUGUCCUCCUCCAUGCACUCCCCAGUGCGCUCCCCAGUGCGUGCCGGAGUGCUCCUACACCUAUUCCACCCGCUGGAAGCAUCCUUGCCAGAGGGGCUUCUGUAAGAAGAUCUAA